GAGGUGGACUGAGUAAGUGAAUGAAGAGGGGGAAAGAAAAGGGUGGUGUGAGAUAAAGGGAAAGACAGAGAGGCAGAAAGGUCUGCUUUUAGUUUAUCAGUGUCACUCUUCUGGCCCAGCUCCACUGCUCCCGCUCCAGAAUGACAAUCAGGACUUUUAAGCCCAGAUAAAGGUCGACACUGGAACGAGAUGAAUGGAGAUGUUAAAGCCAUGCCAUAGAGACACAGAUGUGUCAUUGUAACGGACAGGAAACAAGAGACUAAUUAAAGGACUGAAUGGCUGUCGAACAACCAUCACAGGCUAUUAAAAGACACCUGGAUCUUGAGCAUAAAAUGUGUCCCAAAUGUUUUGGAGGUAGACAUUUUUAGCUACAGUUUAUGAAUUUGUCCAAAUAAGCUUCAGUUUUACAAUAAGGUUUCCUCUAACUUCAUUCUAAUCAGAAUAAUUUAUCAUCUUACAGGUGAUAUUGCUUCAAAGAUUUUAGCUGCUACUGAGUUUAUGGAUAGAUUUUAAGUGCAGAAGCCAAAACCGAUAUCAUUUUUCAGUACAUGGGCUCCAGUACCACUCACUUCAGGGCUAAGAUAGCUGAACUCUCAAAGACCAAUCUGAAGUAAUGCAACCUCUGAGCAACACCCAUCCUCCCUAAAAAUGGAAUGGUCCUGGAAUUUUAGAUAGUUGCCUGGAAAUGCUCUUACAACAAUAGUUCCGGCGAACAUCAGACAACAAACAACAUGAUAAAAUUUGCAUGAGACAGUGAACCCUGAUGCACACACAGAGGAGGUUUGAGGUCCACAUGUGAUUAGAUAUAUGAUGUGUAGUCAUGUGAAGAGCUCUGAUCCUGAGAAAGACCUGAGCUUAAAAGGGUCUGUCUCACAAGCAUGACAUCAAUCACUGCACAGCAUCUCAUGAAGGAUUCAUCAUCCACAGGAGUGCACUGCCACACAGCACAGAAUAAAAUGGCUUAAUUUAGACAGGUAGAUAGCAAUGAAGUUAGAGUGUUAGGGAUUCCGCAUCUUCAACAUUUGCUGGAUAAAGGUAGUUGCAGUAAUUGAGUUUUAAUUGACAGCAUCAGGUAGAUCUUAGAUGUUAUUAAAGCAAUUAGUAUACAAAACCCGUGGCGUAAGGGGUAUUAGAAACGCAUUAUCGACUUUAGGUCAAGCAUGUGCCCUGGGAGUUAUGAUAUUUCAUAAUCUAAAGAUCCAUAAUCCAGUGCAACCCCACUCUCAUGACAAUGUCGGCCAUGCUAGGGGGGUAACCACUGUACUCAGUGCACUGGGAUACCCGCAAUGUCCAUUAUCUUAUUGGCACGGUUUAUUUCAAUAAAUAAACAUACUACAUUUCUGGAACGAUAACAUUCGCUCGCUCAUUGAUCAAGGUCGGUGAGAAAGAGUGAAUCGACUCAUGUAGGCUAAGGGCUGGUUACUGCGAUUCGCAAUUGUGUUUGGAUUAAUGAGAAUGAAUAGGAUUAGAGCGCGGGGUCGAGAAAGAAAUACAGAGUCUGUAACGCAUGGACAACACCGGCGCUAUUCUGAGUGCCCUGCAAUCAUAACAUUGUAAUUCGGGCAGACGGAGAUGUGUGUGGUGUUGUAAUUGUAGCCGAGUCUUUCAUUUGCUGAGUCAGGAAGAGACUCAACUCUGCCUGCCUGUACGCUCUAGCUCUUGCUCUUUCUCCCUCUCUCUCUCUUUCUCUUGCCCUGUCUUCUUUUCAUUUCUUCCCUGUCUUCAGCCAUCCUGACAGAGGAGUUCUAUGCCUUAUUUCGGUGACGUCAGUUACUGUGGCUCAAACGGUGGCAUGAGUUGCGAACGGACCGUGUUUGUUGAAUUCCUUCAUAGUCUUGUUUGCAUUGAGAGUCAACUUGCUCGUUUCUUUAGCGCAGUGCCUUGGGUAUUUAGUGAAAGAUCAAUUGAUUCCUCCCUCGUUUGGUGUUUUGCUCCUCGCCUGGACGCAGCGUCAAUGCGCACAGGACACUAUGUGUGUUCCUGUUAUGUUUAAUGAAUGAACAACGGUGAAGGAAAUCCCUGCCAGGGAAACAAAAACUCUGCAGCCGUUUUCACCCUGCCUUGGAUCCAGAGAGCCAGACCAGAGCUGGGGAUUAACGUGCCCGACCUUCAUUGCGGAAAAGACUCUCAUCGGAGACCGAUGUGAAGGCACACUGCUCCGGUGAAGUACGUGCUUCCCUAGCGCUCUUCAUCCCAGAGCUCUGCUGAACAUGUCCAUUCACAUUGUGGCGCUGGGCAGCGAGUGCCCUGGCGGCGUAGGUUCCGGGGAGGAUGUCCCCGGACAGGCCCAGAUGCAGGGGGGGCUGCUGUGGAGCUACCUGGGCCACAGUGCCAUGCCUGGACACGGGGGCAUGGACGGUACCCUGCCCGGCCGGCAUGGCCUCAACCCUGCCUUCAUGGAGUACCAGUCACGUGUAUUCGGGGACGUCCGGGUCAUGGUGCAGGACUGCCCGAGCUGGGAUCUGUUGGACAGUGACUGGGCGAGUGUGCGGAGUGUUCUGGAACAGGCAGACAUCGUGGUCAUUAAGUACUCCGUGAACGACAAGCUGGCGUUUCAGCAGGUGCGGAACGUAUACUCGCCCCGUCUCCGUCCACUGUUGCGCCACUGGGGCAUGCCUGUUAUCCUGGUGGCAGUGGGGGCACGUCUAAACGACGAGGGCCCACCAUGCACAUGUCCACUGUGUGCGUCCGACUGGAGUAGCUGCGUCCCCCACAGCGAGGGCCUCCAGCUGUCCCGGGAUCUGGGAGCCACCUACCUGGAGCUGCCCUCGCUCAACAACUUCUUUGUGGGCCGCUACUUCGGCAGCGUGCUGGAGUACUUCAUGAUUCAGUGUUUGAAGCAGAAGGCCAAAGAGCGCCCUGACAAGAGGCGUGGCUACAGGAUCAACGAGCCCCGUCCACCACAUCUGGACCAGCCAGCUCGACUGCCCCCGGUGCGGGUGGAGGAGUCCACCUUCUCUCAGGACCUGCAGUGGCUGCUGGAGCGCGGCGUGCAGUUCGCCGACGUGGCCUUCUACGCCGGCGACUCGGGCAAGGAGCUGGGCUGGGCGCACGCCGCCGUGCUCUGCGCCGUCAGCCCCUACUUCCGCCAGCUGCUGGUGGGCCGGCAGGCCUGGGAGCGAGGCGGCCCGCACUCGCUGCUGUCCACCUGGGACGGGGGCGUGGAGGACGGGGGCCUGCCGCGCCCUGCCGACGGGCACCUCCCCGGACGCCUCUCGCGCCUGGUGGUCAAGGACCCGCUGCUGUGCGUGUGCCUGUGGGAGACGCUGAUGUUUCUGUACAGAGGUGCUUGGGAGUGGGAGUACCUGGAGGAGGCGGUGGCUGAGAAGCUGAAGAGUCCUCUGGCCGUGGCUCAGCUCAUGGAGAGAGUGCGCUCCUUUGUGGGCAGAGAAAAGUGCCCACGGGACACACCCACCUCUCGACAACCAGGACCACAAGCGCUGGGAAACAUUUUCAACUCGCCCCUUUACUCCGACGUCAUCUUCAUGGUGCAAGGAAGUGUGUUGCCGGCUCACCGGGCGGUUCUGGUGGCCCGCUGUGACGUCAUGGCGGCCAUGUUCAGCGGCAAGUACGCGGAGGCCCGGAGCCGGGUGGUGCCCAUCCACGGCGUCUCCUCGGACACCUUCCUCUCCUUCCUGGAGUACCUCUACACCGACACCUGCUGUCCAGCCAGUGUUCUACAGGCGAUGGCGGUGCUGGUGUGUGCCGAGAUGUACCAGGUGAAGCGUCUGCAGCACCUGUGCGAGGUGUGUGUGUGCGCCUACCUACAGAGCAUGCCCAGCAGGGAGCUGGCGUCCACCGGGAUAAGCAUCAUACGGUUGCUAAGGAGAGCAAAGUGUCACAACGCUGACCAGCUUUAUGUCUGGCUCCUACACUUCAUCGCAAACAACUACCUGAUCUUCAGCCACAAACCAGACUUCAUCGAGCUCACAGACGAGGAGCGGGAGCACGUGGAGAGGCUGCGCUGGCCGUCGCGGGGCUACCUGCAGGAGCUGAGCGAGUACCAGCAGCGCCGGCGGCAGCUGCGCAAGUCCCGCUGCAACCUCAUGUGACCCCUGAGCCCUGCGU